CCACAGCUUACUAGAAACUUUGUAUAUCUAUAUAAUAUACAAACAAAGGUAGAAAGUAGAAAGUUUUAUACUGUGAAAUAGUUAUGAUGACGAUGUACAUGUAUCUAUUAUGAAGCAACGAUGUCAGAUGAAAGCAAAAAUCUUGAAGAUAUUUUGAAAGGUUUUCAAAUAAAUUGGAUUUGCCUUAGAGACGCUGAUGGUGGCAAAAUUUUUUGGCAAGGCUCCGAAGAUCUAAGUUAUCCGGACGUUGAACAUGAAGCUCGAGUACCUAAAAACAUCCUUAAAUGUCGUGCAGUAUCUCGAGAGUUUAAUUUUAGUUCCAAAGAGAAGAUCGACAAAUUCAGGUUGGAACAAAAAGUUUUAUUCAAAGGAAGAUGUCUUGAAGAAUGGUAUUUCGAAUUUGGUUUUGUUAUGCCAGAAUCGACAAAUACAUGGCAAUCUAUUAUGGAAGCAGCGCCGGAAUCACAAAUGAUGCCCGCCUCUGUCUUAAAUGGCAACGUUGUGAUAGAAACAAAAUUUUUUGAUGAUGAUCUGCUCAUCAGUACAUCGAAAGUUCGCCUAUUCUAUAUAUGAUGAGGACUCAAAUAUUUUCAUCCCUGGGACUUUUCUACAUUAAGAAUUAUUCAAGGAAUAUAGACAAAAUGAUCAAUAUGCAUUCCUUUCCAAAGUUUAAUGUAAUAAUUUACUGACUAUGCAGAGGGCAUAUUUUAUAAACUAUGCUAUGUGUAUUACUAAACUGAGUAAAUAUAUUUGUUUACUGUUAA